UCCGCCAGACCCCACCCCACCCUGCCGACCCCACCCCCUGCGCCUUCCUCCCGGGGGCGCGCGCGCGGGCACGCGCUCGGAAGUCGGGGGUCGGCGCAGAGUGCGGACAGCGUCCCGGGCGGGUGAGGGCGGCGCGGAGGCGGCGCGCGGGGCAGUGGUCAGCGAGCCGCACGGUCCUCGCCAGCAGCGCGCCCACCCGCCGGUCUCCAGCCGGAGCCGCCGCCGCCACCGCCCGCCCCGCGAGCCCGGCCCCUGGGCCCGGGAGCUCAGCCCGCAGAGCGGCCUCCGGGGGACGCUGCCGGGAGAGGAACGCGCCGUUGCCGGUGCCGUGGCCCAGCGCGCGGGCGGCGGGAUGAGGGGCGGCGAGCGGGCCGCGCGGGCGCUGCGGCCCCGGGGGCGCCUCUGGCCGGUGCUGGCCGUGCUGGCCGCGGCGGCCGGCUGCGUCCGGGCGGCCAUGGACGAGUGCACGGACGAGGGCGGGCGGCCGCAGCGCUGCAUGCCCGAGUUCGUCAACGCCGCCUUCAACGUGACCGUGGUGGCCACCAACACGUGCGGGACUCCGCCCGAGGAGUACUGUGUGCAGACUGGGGUGACCGGAGUCACCAAGUCCUGUCACCUGUGCGACGCCGGGCAGCCCCACCUGCAGCACGGGGCCGCCUUCCUGACCGACUACAACAACCAGGCCGACACCACCUGGUGGCAGAGCCAGACCAUGCUGGCCGGGGUGCAGUACCCCAACUCCAUCAACCUCACGCUGCACCUGGGAAAGUCUUUUGACAUCACAUACGUGCGCCUCAGGUUCCACACCAGCCGGCCAGAGAGCUUCGCCAUUUACAAGCGCACGCGGGAGGACGGGCCCUGGGUUCCUUACCAGUACUACAGCGGCUCCUGCGAGAACACCUACUUCAAGAUGAACCGCGGCUUCAUCAGGACUGGCGAGGACGAGCAGCAGGCCUUGUGCACCGACGAGUUCAGUGACAUUUCCCCGCUCACCGGGGGCAACGUGGCCUUCUCCACGCUGGAGGGAAGACCCAGCGCCUACAACUUUGACAAUAGCCCUGUGCUGCAGGAGUGGGUAACAGCCACCGACAUCCGAGUGACUCUCAAUCGCCUAAACACUUUCGGAGACGAGGUGUUUAAUGACCCCAAAGUUCUCAAGUCCUAUUAUUACGCAAUCUCUGACUUUUCCGUAGGUGGUAGGUGUAAAUGUAACGGACACGCAAGCGAGUGUGUGAAGAACGAGCAUAACAAGCUGGUGUGCGACUGCAAGCAUAACACCUACGGAGUAGACUGUGAAAAGUGUCUUCCUUUCUUCAACGACCGGCCGUGGAGGAGGGCGACUGCCGAGAGUGCCAGCGAAUGCUUGCCCUGUGACUGCAAUGGCCGAUCACGAGAGUGUUACUUUGACCCUGAACUAUACCGUUCCACCAGCCACGGUGGCCACUGCACCAACUGCCAGGAUAACACCGAUGGUGCCCACUGCGAGAAGUGCCGGGAGAAUUUCUUCCGCCUUGGGAACACGGAGCCCUGCUCUCCGUGCCACUGUAGUCCUGUGGGUUCCCUCAGCACGCAGUGUGACAGCUAUGGCCGAUGUAGCUGCAAGCCGGGAGUGAUGGGCGACAAGUGUGACCGUUGCCAGCCUGGGUUCCAUUCUCUCACGGAAGCAGGGUGCAGGCCCUGCGUGUGUAACCCCUCAGGCAGCACGGAUGAAUGUAACGUCGAGACAGGGCGGUGUGUUUGCAAAGAUAACGUUGAAGGCUUCAACUGUGAGAGAUGCAAACCUGGAUUUUUUAAUCUGGAAUCAUCUAAUCCCCGAGGCUGCACACCCUGCUUCUGCUUCGGGCAUUCUUCCGUCUGCACGAACGCCAUUGGCUACAGUGUUUACUCUAUAACCUCGACCUUUCAGAUUGAUGAGGAUGGUUGGCGUGCAGAGCAGAGGGACGGCUCUGAAUCAUCCCUGGAGUGGUCCUCUGAGAGGCAAGACAUCGCCGUCAUCUCAGACAGCUACUUUCCUAGGUACUUCAUUGCUCCUGCCAAGUUCUUGGGCAAGCAGGUGAUGAGCUAUGGUCAGAACCUCUCCUUCUCCUUUCGAGUGGACAGGCGAGACACUCGCCUCUCUGCAGAAGACGUGGUGCUCGAGGGAGCUGGCCUGAGAGUGUCCGUGCCCUUGAUCGCGCAGGGCAAUUCCUAUCCAAGUGAGACCACUGUGAAAUACGUCUUCAGACUCCAUGAAGCAACAGAUUACCCUUGGAGGCCUACUCUUACCCCUUUCGAAUUUCAAAAGCUCCUUAACAACUUGACCUCUAUCAAGAUCCGUGGGACAUACAGUGAGAGAAGUGCUGGAUAUUUGGAUGAUGUCACCCUGGCUAGUGCUCGUCCUGGGCCAGGGGUCCCUGCAACUUGGGUGGAGACCUGCACCUGUCCUGUGGGAUACGGAGGGCAGUUUUGCGAGAUGUGCGUCUCGGGCUACAGAAGAGAAACCCCGAGUCUCGGGCCAUAUAGCCCAUGUGUGCUUUGUACCUGCAAUGGACACAGUGAGACCUGUGACCCUGAGACAGGUGUUUGUAACUGCAGAGACAACACAGCCGGCCCCAACUGUGAGAAGUGCAGUGACGGGUACUAUGGAGAUCCAACCGCGGGCACUUCCUCCGAUUGCCAGCCCUGCCCGUGUCCUGGGGGCUCAAGUUGUGCUGUUGUCCCUACAACACAGGAGGUGGUGUGCACCAACUGUCCUACUGGUACCACCGGUAAGAGAUGUGAGCUCUGCGAUGAUGGCUACUUUGGAGACCCUCAGGGGACACACGGCCCCGUGAGGCUUUGCCGGCUGUGCCAGUGCAACGCCAACAUCGAUCCCAACGCAGUUGGAAAUUGCAAUCGCCUGACAGGAGAAUGCCUGAAGUGCAUCUACAACACGGCCGGCUUCUACUGUGACCGGUGCAAAGAUGGCUUCUUUGGAAACCCGCUGGCUCCCAAUCCGGCAGACAAAUGCAAAGCCUGCGAUUGCAACCCCUACGGGACCUCGCGGCAGCAGAGCGGCUGCAGCCCCGUGACCGGCCAGUGCGACUGCCUGCCUCACGUCACCGGCCGGGACUGUGGAGCUUGCGAACCUGGAUUCUACAACCUGCACAGCGGGCAGGGCUGCCAGAGGUGUGACUGCCAUGCUCUGGGUUCCACCAACGGACAGUGUGACAUCCGCACUGGCCAGUGUGAGUGCCAGCCGGGCAUCACCGGUCAGCACUGCGAGCACUGUGAGGUCAACCACUUUGGCUUUGGACCCGAAGGCUGCAAACCCUGUGACUGUCACCCUGAGGGGUCCAUUUCACUCCAGUGCAAAGACGAUGGUCGCUGUCAAUGCCGAGAAGGCUUUGUGGGAAAUCGCUGUGACCAGUGCGAAGAGAACUAUUUCUACAAUCGGUCGUGGCCUGGCUGCCAGGAAUGUCCAGCAUGUUACCGGCUGGUGAAGGAUAAGGUUGCUGAUCAUCGAGUGAAACUUCAGGAAUUAGAGGCUCUCAUGGCAAACCUUGGCACUGGGGGUGAGGUGGUGCCAGAUCAAGCCUUCGAGGAUCGACUGAAGGAAGCAGAGAGAGAGGUGAUGGACCUCCUUCGUGAGGCUCAGGAUGUCAAAGAUGUGGACCAAAAUUUGAUGGAUCGCCUCCAGAGAGUGAAUAACUCCUUAUCCAGCCAAAUUAGCCGCUUACAGAAUAUCCGGAAUACCAUUGGAGAGACUGGAAACUUGGCUGAACAGGCGCGUGCCCGGGUAGAAAGCACAGAGCAGUUGAUUGAAAUUGCGUCCAGGGAACUUGAGAAAGCAAAGAUUGCUGUUGCCAACGUGUCAAUCACUCAGCCAGAGUCCACGGGGGACCCGAACAACAUGACCCUUUUGGCUGAAGAGGCGCGAAGGCUUGCAGAACGCCAUAAACAAGAAGCUGAUGACAUUGUCCGGGUGGCCCAGACAGCCAAUGACACAUCAACUGAGGCAUAUAAUCUGCUUUUGAGGACACUGGCAGGAGAAAAUCAAACAGCAUUGGAGAUUGAAGAGCUUAAUAGGAAGUAUGAACAAGCGAAGAACAUCUCCCAGGAUCUAGAGAAGCAAGCGGCCCGAGUGCAUGAGGAGGCCAAAAGGGCCGGUGAGAAAGCUGUGGAGAUCUAUGCCAGCGUCUCCCAGCUGUCGCCUGUGGACUCAGGGGCCUUGGAGAAUGAGGCAAAUAAGAUAAAGAAGGAAGCUGAGGAUCUGGAUCGUCUGAUUGACCAGAAGUUAAAAGAUUAUGAGGACCUCAGAGAUGACAUGAGAGGGAAGGAGUUUGAAGUGAAGAAACUUCUGGAGGGCGGCAAGGUCGAACAGCAGACCGCCGACCAACUCCUAGCUCGAGCUGAUGCUGCCAAGGCUCUUGCAGAAGAAGCUGCUAAACGGGGACGAAAUACCUUACAAGAAGCCAAUGACAUUCUCAACAACCUGAAAGACUUUGAUAAGCGAGUGAACGAUAAUAAGACUGCUGCAGAGGAGGCACUAAGGAGAAUCCCCGCCAUCAACCAGACCAUAUUUGAAGCCAAUGAAAAGACGAGGGAGGCACAGCUGGCCCUGGGCAAUGCAGCAGCGGACGCCACAGAGGCUAAGAACAAGGCCCACGAGGCGGAGAGGAUCGCCAGCGCUGUCCAGAAGAAUGCUACCAGCACCAAGGCAGAAGCUGAAAGGACUUUUGCAGAAGUGACAGACCUGGAUAAUGAGGUGAACAAUAUGUUGAAACAGCUACAAGAAGCAGAAAAGGAGCUGAAGAAAAAACAAGAUGACGCGGACCAGGAUAUGAUGAUGGCGGGGAUGGCCUCUCAGGCUGCUCAGGAAGCCGAGAUCAAUGCCAGAAAGGCCAAGAACUCCGUCUCCAGCCUCCUCAACCUUAUUAACAACCUCUUGGAGCAGCUGGGGCAGCUGGACACCGUGGACUUGAACAAGCUCAACGAGAUUGAAGGCACCCUGAACAAAGCCAAAGACGAAAUGAAAGUCAGCGAUCUAGACAGGAAAGUGUCCGACCUGGAGAAUGAAGCCAGGAAGCAGGAGGCUGCCAUCCUGGACUACAACAGGGACAUCGAGGAGAUCAUGAAGGACAUCCACAACCUGGAAGACAUCAGGAAGACCUUACCCUCCGGCUGCUUCAACACCCCGUCCAUCGAAAAGCCCUAGUGCCUUCCUUCAGGGCUGGCAGGCAGUCCUCCCGCCGGGAGCCACUGUGAGGCCGGGGCGUGCCUCCACACAAAGAUGACAUUUUCAGACCCCCACUUCUCUGCUGCUCGCCACCGCUGUCCUUUUGAACCAGGAAAAGUCACAAAGUUUAAAGAGAAGCAAAUGAAACAUCGUGAAUCGGGAACCAAGGGUUUUACCUAACAAAGUCUCUCUCCCACUUACGGCGCUCCCAUACCCACACUUUCCCUUCCGAGUCGCGCAAGGACGUGCCCUCACGCAGAGGCCUCCUCCAGUGGCGUGCACACUUCGUGGGAACCCUUGCGUGCCGGGGCUGGGCAAGUAGCCCUCCCUUUCUCACUGGUGCCAACAGAACCUCCUCCGCCCCAGUCCUCUCGUUUCUAUGAAGGAAAAGUUUGGCUGCUCGUUGUAGCAUUGUGAUGGCCAGUAUAGCCAGCCUAUAGCUAAAGGAAAUGCAUCCACGUCUCCUGCCCCUCCUCCUCGUGAGCAAAAGUAACUAAACCUCCUGUGCCAAAGGUAUAUUGGUCCUUUAGAAGGUCGAGAGCCGUCACCACUUGCUUUAGCUACUUUGAGUAUAGGACACUGAGCCAUCCCCGGGUAAGGAUGCAAUUGUUCACGGCAGUCUCCGGGAGAAUAUGAGGCCGAACGUCUUCUCCUGUGUUAGCAAUUGACUAGGAAGAUAAACAUUCUUCAGAUCCUUGGGCAGCUGAUCAUUUCAAUCUGGAUGGGCAGCUUGUACUUGCCACUAGACUUCCUUUGAUAUUCCUAUCAAUGGAAUCUAUGCAGAAGAAAUAGGGAUAUGAUAACCACUAAAGUUGUUUAUUUUUUUUUCCCCCCCAAAUCUGAUUCUUAGAGCUUUGUGUUAGUGUGUUGGUAUGGGAACUAGUGUUGUUAUCUGGCAGAGAAUAGUUGGUCCCUAAGAUCUUGACAAAACACAAGAAAAACAAGCCCCCGUCUUUUCUAGCGAAGGGAUAAAACGUAGGUCAGUUUUUGUUGUCAGGAUCCCAUGUGUCCAUAUUUCUUCCAUUGGGAAGAGAUGACCUAUUUGAUCCUUAGCCUCAUUUUUUUUUUUUUCUUCUGACGUUCCCAUCGUCUAGAAUUCCUCAAAACACGUGUUUGCCAAAUCCAGGUGGCAAAUACUUGCCCUCAGUAGUUCAUACAGCUGCCAACACCAUCUAGUUCCUGCACUUUGUGAUUUUAAACCCACUCUAACCCUUCCCUCUGAGUGUCGAGGGAAGACCCUUACGUGGAGUUUCCUAGUGGGCUUCUCGACUUCUGAUCCUCAGCUCUGUGGUUUUCUUUUAAGAUCACAGUGUGACAAUUCCCUGCCACACGGCCCCUUCCUCCUACCAACCUGCCUUUGAGAUUCAUAUAUAGCCUUUAACACUAUGCAACUUUGUACUUUGCGUAGCGGGGGAAAGAAACUAUUAUCUGACACACUGGUGCUAUUAAUUAUUUCAAAAUUUAUAUUUUUGUGUGAACGUUUUUUUGUUUUUGUUUAUCAUGAUUAUAGAGUAAGGAAUUUAUGUAAAUAUACUUGGUCCUCUUUCUAGAAUGGCACUGUCUGUUCACUUCUCUCCACUUCUCCUCGUCCCGGGCACAAUGUGUCUGAUUACCUCCGCCCCUUCCAUCCGCAGUUCUCCGGAUUGUACCUGGUCCAUCCCUUCGCUCUUUGCCUUGUGUUUGCAGCAUGCCCAUUCUCUCACGCGAACAUCAGCCAGCCUGCUUUCCUCCAGCCGCAGCCAGCAUCCCAGUCCCUCGCCCCCCGCUCCACUGCAGUCCUGGGGAUCCUAAACGGCAGCACGGUGUUGCUCUUAACACCUGCUCCAGAGCGGGAAUGCCAGGCUGCCAGGGGAGGGAGGGGUGAGGACAUUUUGCAGAAGGAUAGCUUCAACAUCAGUGUAGCUCUAGCCAGGGAUGAGCUAGAGAUGCCCGUUCUGCAAUGGUUGGAGCUGGAUGGGUCAGUCUUGGGAGAGAUUGCGUAAUCCCUGAGAGCGCAUCAGGGAGGCGCUCCAGAUAGAGUGGGAGAGCCGCCUCGCUCAGUUCUGCCCCUUCCCAUCUCCCCUUGCGACCAGAGGUGGCUUCACGUGGCACACUCCUAAGCCUUCGCUCCUGCUUCUCUCCUGCUCUCCCAGGACCCAUGGCUCCUUGCCAAGUUGUCACAGCAGAGUUUCCUAGCUAGUUCCUCUGGUAAAGUGGCCGUUUCCUAAUAGACGUUGUGGUCAAGGUUGCAGGAAGAGGCCUGAGAUAGACUGCCAGGGUAGCUUUCCAUCCAGCCUCUGGGUCAGGGUCACUCCGGUGAGUCUUGGGCAACGGUGAAAUAUUUUGAUUCUGUUGUUGGCUUUUCUUUUUCUUUUCUUUUCUCCCCCAUCUGUGUGGUAUAUUUGUAAGCAGAAUUUUAUUUUUUAAAUAAAAGUUCUUUAUAAGACGAUACCUUGAUUACACCCCUGCAAUAUAGCCAUUGUUUCAUUGUAGAGUUCCAGUUAUCUGUAUUUUACAAUUUAAUACAAUCGACAGGGUGGCUGCUGCGGAAUGCUGGGUGUCACAGGGGCAGAGACAGCUGCUCCCUGGGAUUCUGUUUUUAAUUCCAACUGUGGCCCUUUUACAUGUGCCUUCACCUGAGCUGUUUGCCUUCAUUUCUACAGUCUUGCUCUCCAGGGUGGUGAAUAAAAUGCAACACUUGGCAAUUUUUAUGUUUUAAAAAACCAGUAUUUUAUUUAUAAUAAAAUCUGAAUAUUUGUAACCCUUCA